UAACUCCAGAUCAUAAGGACCACACAACACUUGAAUGAGAUCAAGUCACCAGCUGGAAGCAGCCACCAUUGAAUCGGAUCUGCAUCGCCGAACCGCCAUUGUCAGUCCAAGAAACAGCUAAGCUAGCGCCGACAAUGGAUAUGGAUCACAGGGCGAAGCGGGUGGCCAUCGUGGGCGCCGGCACGAGCGGGUUGGCGGCGUGCAAGCACCUGCUGGCGCGGAGGUUCCGGCCGGUGGUGUUCGAGGCCGGGGAGUCCGUGGGCGGGCUGUGGACGCGCACGCUCGCCUCCACCAGGCUCCAGUCGCACGCCGCCACGUACCGCUACUCCGACUUCCCCUGGCCGGACUCAGCCGGCGCGUACCCGCGCCACGAUCAGGUCGUCGACUACCUCGCCGCCUACGCGCGCCGCUUCGGCGUCGACGGCUGCGUCAGGUUCCGGAGCCGGGUCGUCGCCGCGGAGUACGUCGGCGACGCGCCGGACCGGUGGGAGCGCUGGGCCGGCAACGGCGAAGCGUUCGGCGACGGCUCGGGCGCGUGGCGCCUCACCGUGCGCCACCGCGGCGAGAGCGAGACGGAGCCGGAGACGCAGGAGGUGCACGAGUUCGACUUCCUGAUCCUGUGCAUCGGCAUGUUCAGUGGCGUGCCCAACAUCCCGGCGGCGUUCCCCGGCCCGGAGGCGUUCCGGGGGCGGGUGCUGCACUCCAUGGAGCUCUCUGACAUGGCUCACGCCGACGCCGCCGCGCUGGUCAAAGGUAAGCGCGUCGCGGUCGUGGGCUCCAGCAAGUCGGCCUUCGAGAUCGCCAAUGACUGCGCCGAGGCCAACGGCGCGGGGACGCCGUGCACGGUGGUGUGCCGGAACCCGCAGUGGAUGAUGCACCGCCCGGCCGUGUGGGGCGGGGUCAGCAUCGGGUACCUCUACAUGAACCGCUUCGCGGAGCUCAUGGUGCCCAGGCUCGGCGCCGGCGCCGCCUCCCGCGUCCUCGCCGCGCUGCUCGCGCCGCUAGCGUGGGCAAUAUCGGCGGCGACUGGGGCAUGGUACCGGAGGGAGAUCCCGAUGCGGGAGUACGGCAUGGAGCCCGGGCACGGGUUCGCGAGGUGCGUGUCGUCGUGCCUCCUCUCCGUGCUCCCCGACGGGUUCUACGACAGGGUGAGGGAAGGCAGCGUCGUCUUCGCGAGGUCCAGGUCCUUCGGCUUCCGCCACGACGGCCUGGUGCUCGACGGCGCCGAGGAGCGCGUCGUGCCGGCCGACGUGGUGAUCUUCGCCACCGGGUUCCGCGGCGACAAGAAGCUGAGGGACAUGUUCGCGUCCACGCGGGUGAAGGACUUCAUCGGCGCGUCGGCGCCGCUGUACCGGGAGUGCGUGCACCCCCGGAUCCCGCAGAUGGCGGUGGUGGGGUACGCCGGGGGGCUGAACGCCAUAUACGCGUGCGAGAUGGAGGCCAAGUGGGUGGCGCGGCUGCUGGACGGCGUGUUCCGGCUGCCGAGCGUGCGGCAGAUGGAGGAGAGCUGCGCGGAGUGGGGCAGGUACUACGCGCGGAGGAGCGGCGGCGGCGGGGAGGGGCAGAGCCCGGGACCCUGCCUCGGCGCGGUCAACGUGUGGUACAACGACGAGCUGUGCCGCGACAUGGGAUGCAACCCGAGGAGGAAGAAGAUGAAGGGGCAGGGCCUCCUCGCCGAGUGGUUCCUACCAUACAGCAUCGUCGACUACGCCGACAUCCAGUGAGUGAGCUGCACACGUUGCCGUCGUGAGAGAAGUUGCCGUUUUUUUUUGGAGACAUUUUUCUCUUUUUUUUGAGACAUUGGUGUGAAAGAGAAGCGGCCCAAAAGAACAUGGGCUUCAGAUUUCGUUAAGACAAGUUUUUUAUCAAGA